AUGUCCAGUUACGGUGCACUUGCUCAGGUUGUGCGACGGAAGCAAAAAGAUGCGGGUGUACCAGCGACACGAGUGCGUGACCUAGCGGACAUUGAUGUGCAGUAUUUCAAGAACGGCAACGCUCGCGGCAGUAAUGUGUUCCGGGAAGAUACUGGCGCGCAUGAUCAGAAUCGGAUCAUAGUGUUUGCCACUGAUGCGAAUAUUACACAUUUAAUGCGGUCACCUGUUUGGUUAAGCAAUGGAACGUUCAGAUUUGGAGCCACGACGCCGUUAGUAUACGUCUUGCUGCCAGGAAAAUGCGAACUGCUCUACACAGGGUUGUUCCACGUUGUGCAUGACGCUAUCGUUCGAGUCGCCAGACAGGGCAAUGUCGGUCCAAAGUACAUGAUUAUGGAUUUUGAACAGAGCGCAAUUAAAGCGUUUGGAACUGUAUUUCCGGAAUCAGUAAUUGGCGGGUGCAACUUCCAUUUGGGUCAAAGCGUACAUCGGAAGUUGGUUGAUCUUGGUCACAAACUGGCUUACGCGAACGAUCCGGAAUUUAGCCUGAACUGCCGGAUGGUACUGGCGCUUGCGUUCGUGCCACCAACCGAUGUUGAGCGUGUAUUUAAUGAGCUACUUCAGAAGCCGGGUUUUCCAUUCCGUCCCACGGAUUUGUUUGUUCAGUAUAUUAGACCGUCAUAUAUCGGCAAAACCGUCCUUACCGCGGCAGGGUGUGUUAAUAAAGCACCGUUAUGCCCGAUCAGAAUGUGGAACUGUUACGAGCGGCUUCUGCAAGAUGUUCACCGAACAACAAACCGACUGGAAGCAUGGCACAAAACGUUUGCGGAAACAGUGGACAAGGACCAUCCGGAGAUUUACGGAUUUUUUAAUCUUUUAUGCUGAGAUAUAUCACACCAGGAAACUGAGAUUUCCAACCGUAUGGCAGGUGAGCCAGUCCCUAAACCGCGCAAAAAAUAUGUUGAGGUGACGAAACGACUGAAGAACGUGGGCGGAAACUACGAAAAUAUGACAAGUAUGGAGUACCUAGAGUCGAUCGCAAAAAAUCUGGAAAUUUUGUUGAAGAAACGUGUCGAUAUUCAAAAGCAAAGGCGUGUGGAAGCUACUGAGUAGAUGAUGUCGUGAUGAUGUGGUAAAUGUGCAGUGAUUCGGAAGUUUAACUGUUUCUGUUUUCCCCCUUUCGCCUGGUUGUAUAUUUUGUACUCGUAUAAGCUGAUCCCAACCCACCAGACCGUGUUUUUUAGAUAUUUUGUUUCUGAUUAUCGUUCACGCUGUAAAUAUUUCUUCAUUAUAGAUGUGGUUUCCAAACAACUUCAUUGUUAGAAUUAGCAAUUUGGUUAUUAAAAGUCCG